UGUCAGCACCCCACCACUCUGUGUUUUGAAGUUGAAAUCGUCCAGCAGAUGAGAACCGGCGGUAUGAGAAAGCUGGUCUCCCUCGUCAGACGGUCGCCGACGGGAGUAGUGAGGGAACAUUCGACGAAGCCCAGCGGAAGAUGCGUGUCCAGCGUCGCUGUGGGAUCUGUGAAAAGUGCCGCAUCUCGGAUGUGGCGGUUGUACGUGCCGGUUGGAGUCGCCCUCUCGGCAGCUUUGGUCACGCAGUGGAGGUAUUUGCAUCAACACGGAUAUGCCGACGACAAGCCGGAAUUGUUGAGUGACGUUAUGGUAACGUGCUAUUGUUGUUUACCUCUGAGAAUAACCAGCAGGAUAGGAGGUUGGCUGACCAGCAUCAACUUACCAGUCGGUUUAAGACCAGCUAUAUAUGGAUUUUUUGCUGAAACAUUUGGCGUUGAGGUGGAUGAGGUGGAAUCAGACUUGUCAACGUUUCCGAGUCUGGUCGAAUUUUUCGUGAGGGCGCUUAAGAGCAAUGCAAGACCGAUUGCUCCAAAUACAAAUAUGACUUCACCCGCGGACGGUGAAGUUCUUUACUUUGGGCCGGUGAAUUCUUCCUGUGUGGAACAAGUCAAAGGAGUGACUUAUGAUCUCAGGUAUUUUUUGGGCGAUCCAUCCGACCUCCCAAUAAAUCAAACUGUGAAAAGUACUGGGCAGAAGGACGAUUAUGUCAAUGCGCUAUUGAAGAAUCCAGACAACAGGCUUUAUCAGUUGAUCAUUUACUUGGCGCCCGGUGAUUACCACCGAUUUCACAGCCCAACCGAUUGGAAUAUAACAUUCCGACGGCAUUUCCGAGGGAAACUAUUAAGCGUUAAUCCAAAGUUGCUCAAGUACAUGCCGAAUCUAUUCUCGUUGAACGAACGUGUCGUAUACAUCGGGGAUUGGGCGGCCGGCUUUAUGGCUUAUGCAGCGAUCGGGGCGACGAAUGUGGGCUCGAUAAGAGUCUACCGCGAUGAAGAAUUGGCGACCAACAAGGCGCGAUGGGCGGACGCCGCGUACUGGAGGGACGUGAGCUUCGACAGCAUGCGCAUGGCCAAGGGUGAACUGUUCGGCGAAUUCAGGCUCGGUUCUACGAUCGUGCUACUGUUCGAGGCGCCGCGAGACUUUCAGUUCUGCCUGCAAGUCGGCCAGUCCAUCAAAGUCGGUCAGGCGUUGAGCGUGUGUUCCGAUCACAAGGCCGAAAGACGACAAAAGCACCUUAUCGUGAACAUUGCACACAACUGGAAAGAUAUAGGGAAGCUUGAUGAACACUAACAUCAAUGUUGUAAUUUCCCAACUCAAUGCGAUAUAACACGUGUGUUAUGUAAAGUCUUACAAUGAGAAUUCAAGGCUCAGAGCACCUAUUGUAGACCAACAGUUAUAUUGUUGAGCGGGAAAUUGUAACAUUAAUGUUGGUUGGUCGCUUUUCCUGUCCUAAUUCUAGCGAAAAAUCAAAGACAGCACGCGAAUUGUAGAUAGAAUAAAGGGCAGCUCUCGUGUGCGCUGCACGGAAACUUUUUUUUUUUCCAAGUAUCGCAGUUACUAUUGUACAUAGCUCUUCUCGUGCGCGGGAAAAUCAUCAUCGCCCCCUCCCUCAUACGGUUUAUCUGAAAUUACAUGUAAAUACAUCUCACGAAGUCAUGUUCGCGCGAGAGUAUCACGCGAAAGAGACGGUGAUUUAUAAUAGGUUUGGCACAGUUAAACGUGCACUUAUUAUUACAGUGCAUCUAGGUCCCUACACGGCGAACGAACUCUUGCGAGUACGUAUGUAAAGCCUCACGUAAUUACAGGGGAAAAAUAUAUGGGACCAGCCGGUGCGUGAGAACAAUAUUUCCUUCGACUUCUUGUACGUCGUUACCGAUAGAGGUCGGAUUUUUCUUGUUUGCGCGGCAAAUCGAUCUUUCUAGUUAGUAAGUAGUCGGCCGGUCAAGGCCACCAGAUGAAACACUUUCCUCAAUUAAAGCUCUAGCUGCUUUUUCAAACCAGAAAAUAAUAGCCGCGUCGUAUAUCUUGAAACCCCCUGUGCUCGUUACACAGCGAGAACAUUUUCGCGAUCUCUAUCGUUAAUACCAACGUUGUCGUUAUGGAAAACCCGAUGCCUCACUUAUCUCGACGGGUAAAUGUGAUUUAAGUGCCGAUAACCAGAUUUAAUCAUAAUGUGAAUAUUCGAUCGCGCAGAUUAUAUUUUACGGUGUAUACGCGUGGAAUAAUAAAAAACCGUAUUUCUA